UCUGCUCAGUCGUCCACAGUCCCAGACCCGCGGAUUUACAAUCAAGUAUUCACACAGAUUCCUGCCCGGGAAUCCCCACCUCCGCCAUCCGUAGAAUUUCUAUAUAUGAGGUGGUUUGUGUCUCCAAACAUGGUCUAGCUGAAGUAUCUGAUUCGUGAAGCCGCAGCAGCCCGGGAGCACUGAGCCAGGAUGUCCAGUAGCUCGGGCUACCCCCCCAGCCAGGGGAGCUUCAGCAGCGAGCAGGGCCGAUAUCCUUCCCAUUCUGUCCAGUACACCUUUACUGGCACACGCCACCAACAGGAUUUCACCGUCCCAGACUAUCGGACUCACAUGCAGGAUGCACAGGGUCGGAGAAGACCAUCCUUACUCUCUGAAUUCCACCCCGGAACUGAAAGGCCUCCAGAGAGACGCCAUGGUUACGAACAGCAGUUUCACUCCAUCACAGCCCAGGCUGAUCAUGAUGCAUUGGACUCUAAACGCCCUCGCAUGGAAAGUGUUGCUGAGGGCCACAUUACCCGAAACCCUUCCACUGCUGGGGGUAUUAUCAUGCCCAUGCCUCAUAACAUACAGGACAGCCUCAGAGCAGGCUUGGACGCCAAAAAGGAAUCUCAGUUCACUGUCAAAGCGGAGUCCCAUUCCCAGGGAGGACAUGCACUACACAUGGGGGAAGAUCAAGACAAUUCUCCUUCCAAACUAUCCAAAGAGGAGCUGAUCCAGAGUAUGGACCGGGUGGACAGGGAGAUUGCUAAAGUGGAGCAGCAGAUUUUCAAGUUGAAGAAAAAGCAGCAACAACUGGAGGAGGAAGCAGCAAAGCCAAUAGAGCCCGAAAAACCAGUGACCCCUCCCCCAGUGGAGCACAAGCACCGCAGCAUAGUCCAAAUCAUCUACGAUGAGAACAGGAAAAAAGCUGAGGAAGCCCAUAAAGUUCUGGAAGGUUUUGGUCCCAUAGUUGAGCUGCCCCUGUACAAUCAGCCAUCAGACACAAAGGUGUACCAUGACAACAUCAAGACCAACCAAGUCAUGAGGAAGAAGCUGAUUUUGUUUUUUAAGCGGAGAAAUCAUGCUCGUAAACAAAAGGAACAGAAGAUCUGCCAGCGGUAUGAUCAGCUGAUGGAGGCUUGGGAGAAGAAGGUGGACCGAAUGGAGAACAACCCCAGACGCAAAGCCAAGGACGGCAGAACACGGGAGUACUAUGAGAGACAAUUCCCUGAGAUCCGUAAGCAGAGAGAGCAGCAGGAGCGCUUCCAGAGAGUUGGACAAAGAGGAACAGGCCUUUCUGCAACAAUUGCAAGAAGCGAGCAUGAAAUUUCUGAAAUCAUAGAUGGCCUGUCUGAACAGGAGAACAAUGAGAAACAGAUGAGACAGCUGUCAGUCAUCCCUCCCAUGAUGUACGACACCGAGCAGCGGCGAGUCAAGUUCAUCAACAUGAAUGGCCUGAUGGAUGACCCAAUGAAGGUGUACAAAGCUCGAGGGUUCAUGAAUGUUUGGACAGAACAUGAGAAGGAGAUAUUUAAGGAGAAGUUUAUCCAACACCCCAAGAACUUUGGCCUGAUUGCCUCAUAUCUAGAGAGAAAGUGUGUUGCCGACUGUGCCCUAUAUUACUACCUAACCAAGAAGAACCACAACUACAAGACGCUGGUGAGGCGAAAUUAUGGAAGACGGAGAGGAAGGAACCAGCAAAUAACGCGUCCCUCACAAGAAGAGAAGGCAGACGAUAAAACCGAAGAGGAAAAAUCUGAGAGGUCCGAGAAAAAAGAGGAAGAGGAAAAGAAGGACGAGGAAGAGAAAGAUGAAAAGGAGGAUUCUAGGGACAUUGGCAAGGACAAAGACAAGUGUGACGGUGGGGAGGACGAGGACGGAAAGGAGCAAAACACGCCGCGUGGCAGGAAGACUGCCAACAGCCAGGGCCGUCGUAAGGGAAGGCAGACAGUCACCACACGCUCCAUGGCCAAUGAGGCUGCAACUGUGGCGGCUGAGGAAGCACCUCCCUCUUCGUCUGAGCCUGCCUUACCAGAUCCUCCACAGCUCCCGAAAUCUGAUCCAGCACAGAGGGCCAUGAAGGAGGCUGCUAAAACUCCAGUGUCAGCCAUGGAUGCUAAUAAAGCUGGUGCUGCUGAAACCGGAGAAACUUCUCGCUGGACCGAGGAGGAGAUGGAGGUCGCCAAAAAAGGGCUAGUUGAGCACGGGCGAAACUGGACAGCCAUUGCCAAAAUGGUGGGCACCAAAAGUGAGGCGCAGUGCAAGAACUUCUACUUCAAUUACAAGAGACGCCACAACCUGGACAAUCUGCUCCAGCAGCAUAAACAAGAUACAAGGCGGGCUCGUGCUGAUAGGUCUCAAGGUGAAGGUCUAGCCACAGCAUCACCUGAUGAUGAUGAGGACAACGCAGAUGACAGUGAAGGUGGUGACAACAGCUCCGAUACAGAGAGCGCCCCCUCCCCCUCUCAGACUGACUCCUCAAAGUCUGGUGACUCCAAGAACGCUGCGGGAGAUGCUCAGUGCUCUGACCAGGACAAAGGUCAGGGCAGCAAUGGAAAGGCCCCAGAGACCUCAUACGGGGAACUCUGUGUCAAGGAAGAGAAAAGUCCAGAGAGUGAGACUGGAUCUCAGGAAGAAAGGGCCAGGGUGGCACCCUAUGCUGGCUCAGUACAUCCCAAAACUGAACCACAGGAUGUGGACAUGAAGACCGGAGAGGUUCAGGUGAAGAUGGAGCCUGAGAUGAAGGAGAAUAGAGAAAAGGGAGAUCAUGGCGAGAUGCAUAGGGAUCUUCAUUCAGAUAAUGACUCCAGUGCCACCUGCAGUGCUGACGAGGAUGUGGAAGCAGAGCCUGAAAGACAGAGAAUAUUCUCCAUGGAUAAGCCUUCACUGCUCAACCCUCCAGGCACGGUGCUGGUGUCCUCACCCAAGCAAGUCCAGCUCAACAUCCAGCAGCUGCAUCAGAGGGCAGCUUCCAUCCCAGCCAUGUUGCCUGGUCCUUUUGGACCUGGUGGCGUGCCCAUCAGUGGUUUUGCCAUGUUGCAGCACCAGAUCAAAGCGGUGCACGAGUCUGCCCACCAGGAGGAGAAGCAGAGGCAGGAUCAGGCCGAUCUGGAUCGCAGGCCACCUUUCAACAUACGUAGCCCCACGAUGCUCGACAGAGAUGGUAAGCUCUUAUCCUACUUGCCUUAUGAAAUGAAGCUGGCUCUGGACCAGGAGGCCCACUCUGGUCUGCCAGGCUCUCCCUACAGACUCUCUCCCAGGGAGCUGAGCAGGGCCUCACCCCAGCCUGACCCCAACAUCCCCUGUGCCUCCCGCUACAGUGUGCCGCCAGUCCUUCACCCUGCUCCCAACCAGCUGGUACAGAGUAUGCCAGAUGGCGUUCGUGUGACAUUCAGCAGACCCAGUCGACCUCCCAACAUUCCCUCUCCUCCUCCACUCAUUCCAACCUCCAAGCCCACGGACAAGCCGUCCUUCAUCCAAGGAGGCUCCAUCUCCCAGGGAACUCCUGGCACAUACCUCCCACCCCAUGCUGUCUAUGGUCCAGAGGGGACUAAGAGCGCCGUGGGCUCCAUCUCUCUUGGUCUGCCUCGGCAGCAGGAUCCCUGCAAACCUGGAGGUGCAGUUUCAUCCAUACAGGAUGGCAGAGGCAACCAAGCAAAGGUGGGCGAGGGUCUGACUUACAGAGGAUCAAUUACUCAGGGCACACCGUCCCUGCCCCAGUCCAGCAUUGCUGCCGAUCUCCUGAAGUGCACAAUCACAAAGCUGGCCACAGAGGACCUGAACAUCCAAGACAAGGCCAGAGGAGAACAGCUGGCUAAAGGUCACGUCAUCUACGAAGGCAAGAGUGGUCACAUCCUCUCCUUUGAUGCUAUCAAGAACCCCAGGGAAAACACCCGCAGCCCCAGAACAGGCCAUGAGAUGAAGCGCUCUUACGACAUGAUGGAGGGAUCCAUGGGCAAGAGCCACACCGGGCGGGAAGGAGCUCCAUUCGAGGGUUUAAUUAGCAGAGCCUUGCCCAGAGAAGGAGGCCAUGGAGAUUCUAAGGAAAGACCAAUGAUGACUGGAUCCAUCAUGCAAGGAACACCUAGAACUGCUGCAGAGACGUAUGAAGAUGCGAUGAAAUAUGGCAAACAGAUCAAGCGAGAGAGCCCACCGAUCCGGUCCUUCGAAGGGGGUAUUGGCAAAGGCAAGCCCUAUGAGGGGGUGAACACUAUCAAAGAAAUGGGACGGUCUAUUCACGAAAUCCCCCGGCAAGAACUGUCUGGCCAGGACCUUUGCAAAACCCUUGACAUGUCAGACAGGAGGGUUAUGGAGGGAUCCAUAUCUCAGAUUCACCCUCACAACCAGACGACUAUCAAGCACAACGUCAAGUCUCUCAUCACCAGUCCCUCCAAGCUUCCCCACAACAUGCCUCAACUUGAGGCCAUGGAACGGGCCAAAUACGAGGAGAGCAAGGCAGUACGCCACACCUCUGUGGUCAACUCCACCUCAGUCCUUCGCUCCACACACCAAGAGGCGAACAAAUCGCAGCUCAGCCCGGGCAUGUACGAGGAUGCCAAUGCUCGCAGGACCCCUGUCAACUACAGCACGAAUCCCGUAUCCAGAGGUUCACCUAUGCUGGGACGUGCUGCUGAAGGUGGUAUGAGCUCUGGGAAAUCUGCUGCACAUGAAAGAAAGAGUGCCAUGACCCCAACACAGAGGGACAAUGUCCCGGCAAAGUCCCCUGUGUCGAGUGGGGACCCUGUAGCCUCUCACAGCCCCUUUGACCCCCACCACCGGCCUGUUGCUCCUGGGGAAAUUUACCGACCGCACCUGCCUCCGCAUCUUGACCCCACCCUGGCCUUCCACAGAGUGCUGGAUCCUGCGUUCAUGUUCGCCAGGCAGCAGUCACCAGCAAACUACCACAACACCUACCAGCUGUACACCAUGGAGAACACACGGCAGACCAUCCUCAACGAUUAUAUCACUUCUCAGCAGAUGCAAGUCAUUCCUCGGCCUGACAUGACCCGGGGAUUGUCACCAAGGGAACAACCUGUCUCUAUCCCUUACCCAGCUGGAGCACGAGGGAUUAUUGAUCUAGCCCAGAUGCCUCCAACUAUCCUGUUGCCUCACCCUGGGGGAACAGGUGCUCCCACUUUGGAACGCACUGCCUACCUCCCCGGAGCUCAGUCCCCUUUCCCUCCUAGGGCUUUCAACCCAACCUCCAUAUCGCCAGGUCACCAAGCCCAUAUUGCUGCAACUGCUGCCGCCAGUGCAGAGAGGGAACGGGAGAGGGAGCGUGACCGCGAGCAUCAGGAGAAGGAGAGGGAGAGGGAGCAGCGUGAAAGGGAGAGAGAACGGGAGAGGGAAAUGAGAGAACGCGAACGAGACCGCGACCGGGAGCGAACCAAUGAAUACAUGCGUGGAGGUGGACCAGAGCAACCAGGCCGGCCAGGAAGUCGAGGUUAUCUGCACUCCCCUUCUCCCUUACAAAGAACACAGGACGUAGUGAUUCAACAACGGCCGAGCAUUUUCCAGGGCAAGAGUGUCAUCACCGCUUUAAUGCCUCAUUCAGCAGCAGCAGCAACGGCAGCAGCACAAAGUAACUCUCGCUACAGUACUGCCGCGGAUGCUCUGGCUGCAUUGGUGGACGCUGCAGCCUCUGCUCCACAGAUGGAUGUGUCCAAGGUGAAGGAGAACAAACACGAUCGGGAUGAUGAAAUGGCAUCAGCGGCUGCUGCUCGGCGAGCAGCCGAACAGCAGCAACAGGAGGCAGACAGACGAUCCAUGCAGUCCCCAUACGGUGCUAUGUCUCUGCCGGGAGGUAAGCCCCAUUCAGCUUAUGCUGAGGGCCAUAGCGUUGGAGCUAAGGAUAAAGGACCUCAAACAUCAAAGUCCCGCAUCGAAGAGGAGCUUCGGACCCGAGGAAAGACGACUAUCACAGCCGCAAGCUUCAUUGAUGUCAUCAUCACACGGCAGAUAGCGUCCGACAAGGACUCACGAGAGCGAGGAUCUCAGAGCUCUGACUCCUCGAGCAGCUUGUCGUCUAAUCGAUAUGACAAUACCGGUGGAGGAGCCAUUGAGGUGAUCAGUCCUGCUACUUCCCCAGUCCAGCUCCAACAAGACAAACCAGAAGAAGUGCAACAGCAGGCAGCAGCUGGCAUGAGGGCCUACGAUAUGAGUCGUUACCGACCAUCAGGGGAGCCACAACCCAGUUCCCAUCAGCCCCCAUCCUCCCAGGCAGAUAACUACUCUCAGCACCAUAAGACCCACCGAGUCAUGACCUUGGCAGAUCACAUUUCGCAUAUCAUAACCCAGGACUUUGCCCGGAAUCAGGACCCUCCCCAGGUUUCUUCCUCAGCUUCUUCAACAUUCCAGAACGUGGGGCCAUCUGGGUCCUCUUCAGGACGUGCCAAGGUGCCCAGCCGCUACAGCCCUGAGAACCAGGUUCAGGCCCUACACCACCAAAGACCUUCCAGUAGAGUUUCACCAGAGACUGCUCCUGAAAAGCCCAGGUCCAGGCCGGGUAAGUCUCCAGAGCGAGGAGGCAGACUGAUGGAGAACUACGAACCCAUUUCUCCACCACAGAGCUACCAAGUCAUGGACAAGCAGGAGGCUGGCGGGCCGCCUCCACCUCAGAGGCGAGAUGCUGACAACUCUGAGAUCAGGAGUGACUCGAGGUCCCCGGGAAGCGUAAGCUAUCUGCCUUCCUUCUUCACCAAGCUGGAGAACACCUCGCCAAUGGUGCAAUCCAAGAAGCAGGAGAUCUUUCGUAAGUUGAACUCUUCUGGUGUCGGUGAUUCUGAUGUUGGAAAUGCGCAACCCGGCACAGAGAUUUUUAACUUGCCUGCUGUUACCAGCUCCGGCGGCAUCAACCAGAGGAAUCACUCUUUCAGUGAUCCAGCCAGUAACCUGGGCCUGGAGGACAUAAUCCGCAAAGCGUUGAUGGGUAACUUAGAGGAAAGACAGGAGGAGCACCAGGGAGGUGUAGGGGCUCAGGGUCCUAUCAACAACACACCCGGCGCAGGCAGUGACGCCCGCCAAGAUGCAAACCGAUCACCCAGCAUGGGGAAGCAGAAGCAGGGCAAAGCCAACAGCCGGAAAUCCAAGUCACCUAAUCUGGGUCAGGCCUACGCUGGAGGGGAACGUCCCUCUUCAGUGUCCUCCGUCCAUUCCGAGGGAGAUUAUCACAGACAAGCCCAAGCCCAGCCCCAGUGGAGUUGGGAUGACCGACCCUCAUCCACAGGAUCAAUGCAGUUCCCUUACAACCCACUGACCAUGCGCAUCCUAAGCAACACACCACCAACCUGCAUAUCCUCACCCUCCAUACAGAGCCAGCAGCAGCAGCUACAGCAGCAACAGCAACAGCAACAGCAACAGCAACAGCAACAGCAACAGCAACAGCAACAGCAACAACAACAGCAACAACAACAACAACAACAACAGCAGCAGCAGCCGCAGCCGCCUCCGAGUGGAGCCCCUGUGGCCCAGCAGCGCGUUUGGCAGUCUCUCCUGUCAGAGCAAUAUGAGACCCUGUCUGACAGUGACGACUGAGCCCUGCUUGCAACAGCUCCAGUAACCACAAGAGACACCUGCACUGAGGCUUGUCACCCCCUCUCCCAGAACUAACCUUGCUCACUGGCAAGUGUGACAUGUUGAUGGAGUGGUGUUAUUUUUUUAAUUUUGGUGCUAUGGCGCCCCCUCGCUGUUUGCCGAGAGUACGAGCAGCAGCCUGUGACGGGCAGGGUUCUCCAGAACGAGACAGGCUUUUGGUCCGGAAGCACUCACCCAGCCUAUCGGGAAAGUAAACAAGACUCGACUUAGGGGUUGUGUUGAGCUAUAGUAAAGAUGAAGAAGUUAUUAUGUAAAAAGAAACAUCAUAAGAGAUUAUUUCUGAAUUUUGUUUGAUUUCUGUAAAGAUAUACUUUGUCUUUAAGAAAAUUAAUUGUAUGUAAAUAGAGUAACCUUUUGCAGUGUUUUUCUUACCUUGAUUAUUUCUUAUUUUAAUGUCGCUUUUAAAUUGAUCCACUUUAAAUGGGAAGAGUAGGGGUUUAAUCUUUAAUAUCACAGUUGGUCUCUCCCAGUCCAUCGCCACCCCCAUGUCACCUGACCCCUAUUUUAAUAUUCUCACCAUAGCGACGCUAAGAGACCAGACCUGUGCAUUGUACUUGACCAUGAGUGGAGCACAGAGAUUGUGCUGCCCUGCGCCGUCUAUCAAACACCACCAGAGCCUGAACAUCGCAGAUAUUCAAGGACAAGACUAAACGCAGACUAACAUUUCAAACCGCUUCAAUAUCCGACGCCUGCUUUCGCCACACAGUGAAGAUGAUGUGUGGAUUGUAAUUAUCAGAUGUUAGAUGUUAACUUCUCACCCAGUUCUGAGCAGACAGAAAAAUGUCUUCAAAGGUUGAGAUCACUGACGUCAUAUAAGCUUCAUUUAAACAGAAAACAUAUAUCUUCAUGACUACUCCUGGACCCAGUCUGAAUUACGUAAGUGAGCCAAUGAUUUUUUUUUUUUUUCCAAUAGAGCUGAUCAUGGCGUGACACAUGUUGCUGUCUCUCUCUAUAGUUUCCAGCCUGUCCAGAAUGAUCUGCUCUGCAAUGUUGUCAUGGUAAAAAACAGUUAAGUUUGUCAGGAACCUUUUUUUUCUUUGGACAGUUUUGCCACGCCGUGUGACUUGAGAAAGAAGGCAGCUUUAAGUAAUUUUCUCAGAGAUAUAUACGUUGGUGUUUGAUGUUUGUAUUUGUUUCUGUAGUCCCUUUUUUUUAUAUACUAUCCUGACAAAAAUCUGAACUCUGUAAAUUGUCUUUCAGUUACACAAAAAGACAAAACUAACCAAACAUAAAGAAUGGUCUGCACCAUUGUUGCACUUUUUUGCUUUGUAGCUUUUGACAACAAAAAGCAUACUACCUGCUGUGUAACUUAUUCAUCCUCCAGCACAGGAGUAUACUAAGAUGUGCUUUAAGGUUUUUUUCCCCCCACAACUCACAGAAAUCUGGAUGUUUUGACUACCUGUCUUUUCUUGUAGCUGGUACAUAAGUUUGUAGUGUGACACUUGCAUCACAGUUACAGUUUUAUUAAGUGUAUGGUACCGUUAAAUGUUUAGGAGUUUGCUGCCAUGGUCAUUCAAAACAAUGAUCACUUAAUCUCUGCUUUCAUAGUGUCAAUCAACAGGCUUAAAGCUUAGAAUAUGAAUAUACUUGGUCAACAUCAUAAAUGGCAGAAACGUUCCAUUGCAAGUCUUUUCAUUUUAGAUAUGUCAAAGAAAUACAAUAUUUUUGGCUUUUUCUGCUCUCACUUUACUCAGUCAACUAAUCAGUUCUGCUAUAAACUUGAUAUUUUCUUUCUUCCUUUUACUCUGAAUCAUUUGUCUUUGCACAUGUUCAGAUUUUUAUUUCCUGUAAUUUUCAACAUCUUUGUUAUUCAUCCUAUUUAGAUGGGAUGCUAUGUGUUUACAAAGGCAAUGACAAAAAAGAGUUUACAAACUUGAAUCUUAAAGAAAAUCCGACAUGAAGCCGAAAAAGAAUUGGAGCAUCUUUUCAGCUCUAUCAAACACACAGUGGUGACUUUUUUGUCUUUUGGAAAUUAAGACUUGAAAAACCAGUGUAUCCUAUGAUGUUGAAAUGCAAUGUUUGUAUCGCACAAUGUCUCUUAGUAGGCUAUUACAAGAGUUCAGACCAAUCAAAUAAAGUGGAUCAGUUCUCCACCACUGAAAAA